AUGUCUUCCCACGACUCUGUCGUUUCUUCUAACCGUCGGUCUAAACGGGGUCGGGUUCAGGUUUCACCUACCAUUGACAAUACUUUGUCAACUGUAGACGUUGGCAUUCCUGCACCUGUUUCUUCUGCCCGUUCUGCCACUAGUGCUCCCCCCAAAAAAAGGGUCCGACGAGGUGAUCCCCUUGACUCGCUCGAUCCUCGUUCUCCAUCUGUCCCUGCUCCCGGAGAGUCUGCUUACUCCUUGCUUCCGCCCGUCACCGUGUCUCAUCCGUCUGGUGUCGCGUAUCAACAGCUGCGUCACCGUGUGUCCUAUGGUGAUCUCACUCCUGAGGAGAUCGUGGCCGUCCUACAUCAGAGGCGCAUUGCUGCUGCGGAUCCCCGUGGUCUCGCUCCCUCGCCGGUGGCCGCAGAUCCUUCCUUCGGGAUUGCUCCUUUUACACAGGCUGAGAGUGCCAAUGUGGACGACGAUGAAGGUUCGGAAUGUGGCAAUCCAUUCGUGGACGAUAUCGCUGAAGAAAAAAGUAGUGGGUCCCCUUCCUCGGAAUCUGAGGAUGAGGCUGGUGACGAUGUCGCUGACCCUUCUGAGUCUGGUCCUGUUGAUAUUGAGUCUCGUCUUCCCGUCCCUGGGACCUGGGAGUCUGACCAUCAUGCCGACGGUGUUCGUAUGUCUGCGCGUGUCAGGACCAAGACUACGAAGGGCGAGUAUGUUAAAACAUUGCUGGCUUCUGGUUUAACCGAAGAACUCGCUUUCGAUGAUGACGUCCACAACGAUCCUUCCGUUGCCAUUACAUCAAAGAAGUUGAAGCGUCCCCAUGCUGUCAUUCCAUCUGCAUCUGUUGAUGUACCUGAUACUUGUGCCCCUGCAUCUGCUUCAUGCCUAUCUGGUUCGCCCAGGUCAUCUGCGCCGUCCACUGAAGUGUAUCUUGAGGACCUCGGGUACCCGCCUGUUCCUGUAUCUCGACCUUCAAAAAAAGGACAUACCCGUGUCAGUAAGGUCAAAAAGACGUCUGUUCCACCUGACCAAGCUACCCUGCACGUGGUUGCUAAUGUGGCAGCUUCUCUACAUGCUGACGCAACCCCUUAUACGCUUGAGAAGACUCUGGUUUCUGGUUGUGAAGGUGAAGCCUAUCUUCGUGCCAACUAUAGUGCUUGUUGCUGA